AUGUCAACUGAUCAAGACUACAACACGGCAGUACCUGCCGGCCUUCCGCUCCGCAGUCUUGAUCAUGACUUCAAUAACUGCGAUGGCAGCAUUUUAUGUUACGAGCAAAUGCAGUCGCUGACACUCCACAAUCCUCUCUGGCGCGAAUAUCUUGGAAACCGCAUAGGGUUAGAGCGCCGUUACGGUGAACUGCUUCACUCUUAUGAAGAAGCUUUCGCAGCUUACUUUGGAGGGUUUUACCCCAUUGACUAUGGGGUUACCACCAGCAAGGCAAUGAACCCAGACAACGUUGUUAAAAUCAUCUUGACUCUCACGGAGAUCUCCAUGUCUGAGUCAUCAGAAUCAUCUGAGAGUCCGUUUACGGAUGAAGACGACACAUUAAAACGACUUGGUUGGGAGGACAUCCAGGCAAAACGACCUCGAUGGGCCCUUCUGUCGGACACGUACGCGGCUGCAGCCUCUACCACGGUCUCAAGCUCAGUAAAGCCAGGACUGAGAUUUUCCUCAACCCAGAAACCUUACGGUCACGAUCCGAUCCUCCUCCACACUGAAGGCGUGUCGGAUGACGAGCUCAGAGAUCAGCUCUAUGAAGCCAAAGACCAAGGCUGCAUAGGAAUCAUUAUUGAAAUCGUCGAAAACCAGUACAACGGCCGAAUUCUAGACCCUGGACUGUUGGCGCGCUUGGCUACAUUAUGCGCGGAGGAGAGUCUCCUACUUGCCGUGGACGAAACAUUAACCGCGAUUCGUUGCGGUGCCCCCUUUUCGUUUCUCAGAGAAGAAUACUCCCAUGUUGCAAGCCCUGAUAUCGUGUUCUUUGGGAAAGCUAUAGGCAUCCAAGGUACAGCUGUCGAUUUCGAUGGCCAGUUCCUGAAGAGGUUGGGCAUUCUCGGAAUAUCGCGGACGGUGGCAGUCAAAAGGUGGCAGAGCCAGUUUCAGAAGCCAGUUGCUACCGCGGACCUCAUCCAUGCCUUGACUACACUCGACUUGACCAUCAGAGGAAACCUUGCAAUGGUCAGUCGAAUCAUUGGCCAAACUAUCCGCUCAUUUAUCCUCGAACAGGCCGAAAAGCGAGGGCAUGAAGUCAAGCCUCAAGAUAUUCUGGGCGGGUUAGAAAGCUUGAUUUUCGUGCGAAAAGACAUUGGUGGCGAGUUUCUAGUCAUGGGUGCUAAGACAGCGGGAUCGUGGAUUCCGUGGGUGAAGUGGCUACCGAGGCUUGAAUCGGACAUGUCCAGAGGCGAGGUUCUUGAUGAGAUUAUCGAGGCCUAG